AUGGCGACUAAUGUUGAUGGUUUAGUUAAUGAUCCGCUGCAUCUUGCUAAUUCCGAUCAUCCAGGAAUGGUUCUCACCAACACUCCUUUUAAUGGAACCAAUUUUCUUGGAUGGAGUCGUACAGUGAAAAUGGCUCUUGGAGCCAAAUUGAAGAUAGGGUUCAUUGAUGGAACCCUAACCAAACCAGUUGCUACUCAUGCAGAUUAUGGAAGAUGGACUCGAUGUGAUUACAUGGUUACAUGUUGGUUGUUGAACUCUAUGACUGCAGAAUUGUCUGAAGCUUUUUUGUAUGCUCAAUCUGCUAAGGAAUUGUGGGCAGAAAUUGAAGAAAGAUAUGGUCAAAGUAAUGGACCUCUUAUCUUUCACACUGAAAGGGAAUUGAGUAGAGUUACUCAAGGUAAUAUGUCUAUUGUUGCUUAUUAUAAUAAAAUGAAGAAGUUUUGGGAUGAAUUGCAUAGCUUGAAUGGAAUACCAGUUUGUACUUGUGGCAAAAUGGGAGAAUGUACUUGUAAGAUCAUGGUUAAGUAUGCUGAAAUUGAAAGCAGGUCUAGGUUGAUGCAAUUCCUUAUGAAGCUUAAUGAUGACUAUGAGUCUGUUAGGAAUCAAAUCUUGUCCAUGGAUCCUCUUCCAACCAUAAAUAAGGCAUAUUAUAUAGUUCAACAAGUAGAGAAACAAAAACAAGUCACUCACCACACUCCUGAUCACACUGCAUUUUUUGCCAAUAAUGCAAAUAAAGGAAAUCAGAAUUUCAAGAAGUUUGUGUCUAGUGAUAAUAAGGGAGAGAAACCUUUUUGUACUCACUGCAAACAAACUGGUCAUUUGUAUGAACAAUGCUUUGAGAGAUUGGGAUAUCCAGACUGGUACAAAGGAAAUAAGGUCAAAAAGGGGGGAAGAAUGGCUGCACAGAUUAGUACCAAUUUUGGUGACAUAAGUCAGAGGGAUUCACCUUUUGACAUGGAGUAUGAAAAUGAGAUUCAUUGUGAUCAGAAAUCAGCAAUUGAUCGAAAAUUAGUGGCUACUGUGUGUACAGAGAUGAUGAAGAUGUUGAAAGGAAAUCAAGUGAUUGAGGGACAUAAUACUGAUUGUGGUAAAAUUGGUCAACCACAUGCAGGUAUGUCAUUUCAUGCCAGAUUACAAGCAUUGGUUUCCAUUGUUGACAUAGAAUUUAAGAAGGAUUGGGUCAAUGACACUGGGGCCACUGAUCAUAUGUCACCUCAUCUAGAACUAUUUCAUGACAUUAUAGACCUUAAAUAUCCCAUAAAAGUCAAAUUGCCUGAUGGUUCUCAUAAACUUGUUACUAAAAUUGGCAAGGACCUUACAACUAACAAGGUUGUAGCUGUUGGCAAAGGCACCAAAAAUCUCUAUGUCUGCAAAGGGCAAUCUUCUUCUGCUCUUGCUUCUUUUUCUGUUGUUGUAGCUUCUUUUGUAAAUAAAGUCUUGAAUAAUACUUGUAAGCAAAUUGAUGCUUCUUUGUUUCAUCAUAGACUAGGUCAUACCUCUGUAUCCAAAUUGAUUCAUAUUGAUGAAUACAAAAAUGUUAAUAUCUCAAAUCUUAUAUGUGAAACUUGUGUUUUAUCCAAACAACACAAAUUGCCUUUCCCAGUUAGUCAUUCUAGAACUAACAAUCCUUUUGAGCUUAUUCAUGUUGACUUAUGGGGUCCAUACAAGGUUUCUGCUCUAAAUGGAGCUUAUUAG